CUUGGAGCUAUCAACGCCGGCGUUCUCUGAGAGGGAACUGUCCCCAUGAAGACCCUUCUGUUGUUGGCCUUGACCAUGGCCUUUGGCCUGCUGCAGACCCACGGGAGUUUGCUGGAUUUCCAGAAAAUGAUUCGGUUGGCCACAGGAAAGGAUGCUGUGUCCAGUUAUGCCUUCUAUGGUUGCUACUGUGGCUUAGGCGGCCGAGGAUCCCCCAAAGAUGCAACGGAUCGGUGCUGCGCUGCACAUGACUGUUGCUACAGCCGUCUGGAGAAGCGGGGAUGUGGCACCAAGUUUCUGAACUACAGCUUUGCUUACCGAAAGGGCCAAAUCGUCUGUGGGAAGCAGGAUUACUGUCGCAGGCAGCUGUGUCAGUGUGAUAAAACAGCUGCCUCCUGCUUUGCGAGAAACCGGAAGACCUACAAGAAACAGUACCAGUUCUACCACAACAAGCAUUGCCACGGGAAGGGCCACCGGUGCUGAGGGUCCCGCCCCCUGGAAGCCUCGCCGCCCACGCUGUUUCCCUCUCGGCCCCCACCCCUCCCCACCCUGGCUAGUUCCCAGAAAUGAAGGACACACCCCUCUCCCCUCCCAGAGACAAGCCAGGAGC